AUGUUCAAAAACAAAAUAACAUUAUCAAAUAAAAACUUCCUGGGCAACAAAGAUCGAAAAAAACUAGCGAUAAUUUUAAAAAGCACAUUUAACAUUGAAAAUGAUGAAGAAAUUAAUGAAUUAUUAGACAAAGAAGACGCAAGCAUUUGUAAAGUACAAAAGAAGAAAAUUACUAUAUAUUUUUCUAAAAAUAAUCCCGUUCUAGUCAGUAUUAAUAAUUUAAUAUUUCCAACAGUUUAUACUCUAUGGAAAUUUCCACGUAUGAUUCCUUGUUUUGUCAUAUAUCCACCUGCUUCCGAAUUCUUGCUAAGAGGAGCAGAUUUAAUGAUUCCAGGAAUAUGCAAAAACAUAGACGAUUUGGAUAAACUUAAACCUGGUGCAAUAUGGGGUGUCAGGGUUUUUAAUAAUCCAUAUAUUUUUGCAGUAGGAGAAUGUUGCGUUGAAUAUAAUAAUAAUAAUAAUAUGAAAAAUUUAUAUACCUCAAAAGGUAAAUGCUUAAAAUUAGUUCAUACAUUUACUGACGAAUUGUGGAAAUUGGGAUCCCUUGAUAUACCAGAUAUUAGUUUUAAAAACAAAAUUAUAGAUUCUGUGGAAAAUAUAGUUGACGAUUUUAGUGAGUUUAAAAUAUAUGGAGAAAAUAACAAAGGUGCAAAAAAAAAAAAUAAUAAUAAUAUCAAAGUAGAAGAAAAAAAGAAAGAAAAAACAGAUGAAAAGGGAAAAUUUGGAUGGUCUUCUGAUUCUGAUACAUCUGAAGCUAAGAAAAGUGAUACAGAAAAGGUAGCGGAAAAAGAAAAUGAAAAAACAUAUAAGGGUUCGUCUAACGAAAAAUAUUUAGCAAAUUUUUACAAACAUUUUGACAUAAUAUUGAAAAAUAAAAAUAAAGAGAAAAAUAGCCAAGAUGAAUUAAAAUUGAAAAACUCUAAUACAGGUACAACCAUUAUUGCUAGUAAUAAUAAUUGUGAUAAAAAGGAAUAUAUACAUGACCUUAAUUCUAUGAACAAUGGUAUAAAUUUAAGUAAAGAAAAUUAUAUGAAUAAAGAGGAUAAUUGGGAAAAUCUUGAAGAAUCAAUAGCAAGUGCAGAUAACAAUGGCGAUAAUAAUGGCGAUAAUAAUGGCGAUAAUAAUGACGAUGACGAUAACGAUGACGAUAAUAAUGACAAUUCUGCAUUAUCUGAAACCGAAAACGAGGGUUUUAAAACCGAACGGGAAGGUCAUAUUUUUAGUGGAGGUGAAAAUUGUGUAAGUGAAGAAAAAGACAUAAUUAGUGAGCAAGGUGAGAGUCAUAAAAAUUUGAAAAAUAAAAAACAAAGAAACCCCAAAAAUAAAAAUGUAGGAAAAAAAAAAGACAAACAUGAACAUAAUGAAGAUCAAUAUUCUAGUAAUGAUGAAAAUGGAGGGGAAAACAAAACAAAUAAAUAUGAUAUACAUAAUAACAAAAAUUAUAAUAAUAUAUUUGAAUUAAAAACUGAACAACAAGAUAAACUUUUAUUAUAUUUGUUUCUAGAAUCAAUUUAUUAUAUUACAGAUGAUAGUUUACCAAUUGAUGCUUCAGGAAUUUAUAGCAAAAUGACAAAAGAAUUUUCAUAUAUUCAUAAAAAUAAAGUAUUUUUAGAAGACCUUGAAAAUGAUAAUGUAUGUUAUGAAAUAAUAAAUAAAAUUAAUAAAAAAGAAAUAAAUAUAUUAUUAGAUGUCAAAAAAUCUAGUUAUAAAAAAUUAAUAAAAUUUAUUCAACAUUGCUCAAAAAUAAAACUGAUAAAAAUUAAAGAAAAUCGAAAUAUUGUUUCAAUUGUAAAUAUAAAUAAAGAACAUCCUUUAUUUUCUUCAUACAAAUUUAUGGAUAUAAAUGAAAAAAAAAAAUGUGAUAAUGAAAAUGUUAAAAAUGAAAACACAACAUCAAAUAGUAAAGGAGCACAAGUAUUAGAAUUUUAUAUGCCUUCAACAAAAACUUUAAAUAUAUUUAAACAUAUAAAUAAAAAAACAGAAAAAAAUACAUAUUUUACUAUAAAAGAAUUAAGAGAAAUAUUUCACACAUAUAUUACUUUAAAUAAUUUACAAUCAGAUAAAGAUAAAAGUUUAAUAAAAAUAAAUAAUGAUAUACAAGCAUUUUUAUCAUCCGAAAAAUGUGACAAUAUGUUACCUUAUGAUAUUGCUGUUAAUAAAUUUAUUUCCUUACAACAACCUUGUUAUGCUAUAGUUAAACCAAAUGCUAAUUUUGACAUUGACCCAAUAAAAAUAAUAAAAGGUGUAUGUCCAUCUAUACAUAUUUAUUCCGUUGCACGAAUGAAAGGAAAAAAAUAUGUAACACACAUAACUAACCUUUAUUUAUUUUAUGUAGAUCUUCAAAAAUUUUCUGAACAAAUACAAAAACAGCUAGCUUGUUCAUGUUCUAUUGUAAUUUCACCUUCAACACAAAAAGAGGAGGUAUUGGUACAAGGAAAUGUAGUUAAUCAAAUUCACACAAUUCUAAUUACUAAUUAUUUUUUACCUCGAAAAUAUAUUGUCUUAAAUGUUAAAUAA